GUCUUUAUAAGAAAGGCUAUUGUUUUAGUAUAUCAGUCUUGUUGACAAUUACCGAAGGUACACUUGAAAAAUAUGCAGGCUUCCGUAAUGCUUACAACAAUUUUAGGUCUUUUUAUCAUAACUUUAGCACAGUCUCAAAAUAUUGGUUUUAAUCAACCAAGUUAUACGAUAGAUGAAGGAACUUCUGGUGAAAUGGUGAUAUCUAUAGAUGAAAAUAUUGAUGUGCAUUGCCUACUACAUAUGCAAUCUGAGUUUGGCUUACGAGUGCUAAUUUUGCAAGAGAAUCUAUUCUUUUCACCAAACAACAAAGCAAUUGAAAUUUCAGUUUUAGCUUUACAGAAUAGUAUACCUUGCGAUUCAGUAGAAGCAACAAUUCUGAUAGAUUGCGAUAAUGAUUAUCAGAAUACGUUUAAUCGAAAAACUGCAAAAAUCCAUAUUGAAGAUCAAUCUGCUGGAGGAAAAGUAUGCAAUGAUCCACAUUUAAUGCAAAAUGUUAGGGUUUUCGAUGAGAUGUCCUCUAAUCAAACGAAAGCCGUUUGUUAUGAUUUAUAUGGUAAAUCUGGUGAUCAAUUUGAAAUUCUUUCCGAUAAGAUUCUAAAUACCUCGGUAAUCAUUCAUCUUCGAGAUGACUAUUAUAUCGGUAAAGUAUUCGUCCAAGGGCCAUUUGGCGUUGUUGAAAUCAAUACUGCUUAUAUUGAAACUUCUUCCAAGUCGAAAUUCUCUUGGAACAACUUGAAAAAUUUCACAUUGGAUAAAGAACAUGGACCAAUGUUAGCAAUCAAUAGUAAUAAAAAUGCUAUCAACGUAAAAUACGAUAGUGGCUUUAGAAUUCUUAGCGUUUUAAUUGUCAAGAUUAAAGAAGAAUACGGAAAAGAACAUUUAAAUCUUUUAAUGAGUAGAGAAAUGGGACAGGAUAAUGUAUUCGAUCAAUUUCAUGGGGGAAUUUUUGGAGAAAUUGCCAAUAAACAAUAUACAUUUUACAGACCCGUUCAAGAAAACGAAAGUCACGCAGCUGUAAUGAUAAAUGGAAGAUACGUUAAAUCUUGGAUUAGAAAACAGGAAUUCAACCAAAAGGAGAAAUGCUUUACACUAACCUUGAAAGAUUUACUAUUUCCAAAAAGUGUCAAAGAUUUUCAAAAGUCUUCAUAA